AUGGCCAAGGUUUCCAACUGCAUUAUCUUGCGGAUAAAUGAAAUUGGCCUUCAAGAAGCAGCUAACUUCACAAGGGAAUGGCUUUCGAUGGCUGGACCUAAUUUAAUCGUACCCGACAUAAAACAAACUUUUGUGAGCUCUUUCGCGGCUGGUGAAUUGGUGAUAAAGAAUAUAACGGUAAAUCAUUUUGUCCCACCUCAUAUACGAUUUCAUCCUAGCGGAAACAACUCAAUAUACAUGACAACGCAUUCUGGAUAUGCUCAAGUGCUGGCCGACUGGCAAGUAAAAUCAGAAGUGCUGAAUGUACUUCGCUUUCCUCUCCAAGGAGAUAACACUUCUCCGAAUAUGGUGGAAAACACUUCUCCGAAUAUGGUGGAAGUGAGCCAUUGUGUAGCUCGUAUACGUGACCUUCGAAUAAAUGUUCAAGGAGGAGUAGCUGCAGAAGUAAUCCAGUGGUUUAAAUCAAGUGUCACUAGCGUCAUUCGGAGAAAAUUGGAGGAGAUAUACUGUGCAGUCAUGGAGCAAGCCUGGAUACCAUGGGUGGAAGCGCAAAUCUCACAGUUUUCCCCAAAUCUUACGCUCAGCUCCAAUCCUGAGUCUCUGGAGUCUAUCUAUUUUGCAAAGAUGAAUGUGGAUCUUCGAAUGCGCAGCAACCUGAUCUGGAAUGGUGAAUUGCUGGAAGGCGAGAGCGUCAAAAAUCAAUCUGACUACGACAACGUUGCAUAUUCGACGUCAAACAGAAUGAUCACAGUACUUAUUGAGGAAGAAACUGUCCAGAGCACGCUGGCGGCUACUCAUUUCUCGGGACAUUUCGUUGCAACUGUCGACAGUCCCUUCUUGCACACUUAUUGUGACAUUUUGUGCAUUGGCACAGUACUUCCGGAGAUAGCAGAAGCGAUGCCAAACUCUUCAUUUACAGUUCAGGCAUCAACCCUCAACCCUCCAGUAAUUUCCCUUCAGGAAGGCAAAGCAUUAGUAUUUGUCAACGCCUCCCUGGAUUUUCACGUAGGUUUUGAGCUUCUUUUAACCACAGCAAUUCAUCUCAUCACACGUGUCUCAAGAAGUAAAAGUAUGCAAGUUAGAUGCACUUCCAGCAUGCUUAAUGCUCAAGCUAAACUUAUGGAUAGCAAGAUUGGAACUAUGUCGCAGAAGACAAUCGACCUUCUUGUGGAUAUUUCAACCCCGUUCUUGGAAGAUGCAGUUGAUUUGCUCGUCAGCCGUGGCGUUCCUGUUACAAGACUCUUCCAGUUCCCAUCCACAAACGAACUUUUAACCAUUCAGGAGAAGUAUAUCAAGCUCGAAGCCGAUAUAGACUUUCCAACAGUACUGCAGUACUCAGCAGCUGUCCACUUAUAG